CACGUUCAUGGUUCCAUUUCGAACAUCUGCAAAAUAAUGGAAUUAGCGCUAAACAAUUAAUUAACAAAGGUUCCACCUGCAGCCAGAUUUUCCAGACGUUAAACCGACUACACAUUUAACCUCGAUAAUGUCAAUUUUAUCCGCAUUAUCCGCAGGGGGUGAAUCAAACUAAUUCCAAAAUUCGAAUGUUGCUUAAAAUAUCGCCGCUCUGAUUGGCAGAUUUGUAGGACAAUCGCUUUUGUGUAAGGAAUGUCGCAUAACGAUUUAUUUGUGUAGAUCCAGGCGACACGCGAUCCAGUUGCAGAACACACGAAUUAAAAUUAUGUCUGCGGGUAGAAUCCGGAAUCGGGGAUGUGUGCCCUAUUUGGACGGGGAAGGCGUAUUUCUGAAGCCUCUGAUAACAAUUGAGUCCAAAAAAGAGUCAUGCUACGAUCGCAAAAUGUCGCCCUUCCAGAGACUCUACAUGCACCAAACUCUGGCCAGCGCUAGAAGAUAUGCGUACUUUAAACCAUUCGAUAAUCUGAUCCCAAAGGACGAGCUCGACUUUACGCUAACAACCACCUUUAAUGAAUCUUCUGAGGUAUUUCCUGAGACAGUCGACGUGUACUUUCAACCGGAAACUCUCGGAAUUGCGACCUGGAGACGGCUCAGAAACACCAGAGAUCUGACUCCAGAUAGAGAACAAAUGGCGGCAAGCUUAAAACAUCCAGGUAGUAGUGGAGAUGGACCGAAGAGUAAAGGUGAUAGAGCAGGACGAGGCAAAAAGAAAAUUGUCAUUCCAUAUAGAUAUAAUUUGGCACACAAAUUGCUCAUAGGCGGUAUAACAGAGAAGAAACACCCGAGUAGCAUAAAAUUGAUGAAUUCCUCGCAUCAUUCUCCGCAAACAAACGCCGGAUACUCCAGACAACCAUCGGACGGAAAUUUUUAUCAAUAUUAAUUGUAAAAUUUACCAUUUUAAAUUGGCCGCUGUGUAUAAAGCACGUAAUAAACGCUCGAUUGGAGGGAAA